AUAUGACAAAUAUUUAGUUUUUAUCUAUGAUUACAUUGACUUUUUAUUAAUUUUGUUGUAGCCAAAACUGAACAAUACUCCCAGUGUAAAUUUAUAAUCCGAUAUUAUUCUUGUUUUACUUUUUAAAGCGGAACGCCGGUAGCUAGCAUUAGCUUGUGUGCUCCGAGAUUUAAACACGUGUCUGCUAACAUUCUUUUUGCAUCAAAACUACAUUGUAUUGCUCUCAGUCUGUGUGCAGUUAAAGCAUUGUUCUUAACGGGGAGGUUGAAUUGCAGUGUCAAUUUAUUAUAAGCAUUUAUCUUCACUUUGUUGUCGGGUACUUUAUGCCUCGUUGACACCUACAGAUUUUGUUGUUACCCCGCAGGAAACGGAAGUGGUCUGUUGACCCCAGGAACAGCACUUGGAGCAAGGAUGACUCCAAAUUUGGCCAGAAGAUGCUGGAGCGAAUGGGCUGGUCCAAGGGCAAAGGACUUGGGAGGAGUGAACAAGGCUCAACAGACCACAUCAAAGUAAGAAUCAAGAACGAUAACUACGGGCUUGGGGCCAAUGCCAGUCAUGAGGAUAAAUGGAUUGCUCAUCAAGAUGAUUUCAAUGAGCUGCUUGCUGAACUUAACAACCACCAUGGUCAAACCAAUGCUGUAGAAGCUCCGUCAGAUGAGAAGAAAGGUUUCAGCUUGGAGGAGAAAUCCAAAACGUCCAAAAAGAGGGUCCAUUACAUGAAAUUCACUAAAGGAAAGGACCUAUCCUCUCGCAGUGAAACUGACCUCAACUGUAUCUUCGGGAAGAGGGCGAAAUCUGCCAACGACCAAGAGCUGGAGAGCAGCAAAACUAAUUCCUCAGAUGAGUCUGUGGAGAGCGGGACUCCUCCCCCUGAACAGGACACAGAGCUCAUCACAAAGACUGUGACCAGCUCUCUGAGCAUGCACGAGUAUUUUGCACAGCGUAUGGCUCGAUUGAAGGCGGCUCGUGGAGCUGAAGCUACUGCACCUUCGGUGGAGGCGGAGGCUACAGAGACAUCCGGUCCUGGCAAAGAACUCAGUCCAGUCAACAGCAAUGACGAUACUGAAGAGCCCAAAAGGAAGAAAAAGAAGAAGAACAAAAAGCCUGUGGAGGAUGUAGAAGUUAUAGAAGAAAAAUGCAUUGGUCCUGUAGUAGUAGAAAUAGAUGACGACAACCAGGAGGAAGAGAGAUCGAGGAGGAAGAAGAAGAAGAAGAGAAAAACUGCAGAACAUGACAAUAAUGCAAAUGAAAACUGUACCUCCAUGAAUGUUCUGGAGAACUGUCAAGAACUGUGCUCCUCCAGGAAAACGAAACUUAAAAAGCGUGAGCAUUUAAACGGACACGAGCCAACAGAGAAUAAAUCUGGAGAGUCCGAGCUCACGCAGGAUGAAAAGAAAAACCACAAACAGGACGAUGCAGGAGAAGAAUAUAAUGAGCUGGUAGUCAAGAAAUCCAAAAAGAAAAAAAGAAAGCAGGAACAUCAAGAGUAAAAUAAAGCUAUGCAUUAGGAUAAAGUUGUCUAAUUAAAAACACUUUAGGCAAUUCAGAUGUCUUGAACAUAAAAUCCUUAAAGUGGUUCAGUGAAAAUGCUGAAAUGAAAUUAACUUUUAAUCUGUUUUAGUCUCAUUACAUAUGACUGCAUUCACAACUUAGUUAUAUAAAAAGAUUUAAAGUGACAUGGCAUUCUGUUCAACCCGUUUUUCAUAAAACUGUAAAAAGAAUUAAAUUCCUGCAUUUAAAAUAUCUGCUUUCAUUUAAUUAAAAUGAAGCUGUUUCCUGCUAUUGUACAAUACAGGGGAAAUAUAUUUUACAAUCAUACUUUAGUGUGUUACCACUAUGUAUGUGCUCAAAUAACAUCACAAUUCAGAUUGCUCAGUUGACUGUACAUUAUUUUUUGUCAGAUAUUAAAAAAUGAAAAGGAUAAAAAGUGGUUUAUGCUAUGUGACAGAUGAAAUUUAUUUCUGUAAAUCUUGGAAUGAGUUCAGUCUUGAUGAUUUUGAUCUUUUGAAAAUCUGAAAAAUAAUAUAGCUGGAUUCAUUUUUUAAAAUAAAACCUACAGUCUCACAA